UGUGCAACACAUAAGUUGGCUUGAAAAGUGUACCCAACACCUCACUCACCUUUUUUCUUGUCCAGAAUUCUCCAUUCUCAAAGCUGCUACCUGUCUUCCCCUGUCAUAUCCCCUUCCUUCUUCAUACUGAAAUAACCCUCCUCUCUCUUCAACUUCAUCCAAUUUUCCUCACUUAUAUCUGCUUGAACAUAUUAUCUGCAUCAUAUACUAAUAGUCACUAAUGAUGGCUAUUUUGAUGUACUUUGUGGUUUUUCUGGCCAUGGCUGGUCAUUCAAGAGGAGCUCUUUACUGUGUAUGCAAAGAUGGUGUUGGAGAUCAAUCUCUUCAGAAAGCAAUAGAUUAUGCAUGUGGUGCUGGUGCUGAUUGCACUCCUAUUCUCCAAAAUGGACCAUGUUACCAACCCAACACUAUUAAAGAUCAUUGCAACUAUGCAGUUAAUAGUUAUUUCCAGAAAAAGGGUCAAGCUCAAGGAAGUUGUGAUUUUUCUGGAGCUGCUACUACGAGCCCAACCGCACCUCCUACUUCAUCAUCGUCAUGUGUUUUCCCCACAGGUCCUGGCAACACUGGAAUAGGUACUGGUACAACUCCAACCUCCACUACACCAGGAACAUCACCAACCACCAUAACUCCAACCACCCCAACAAGUGCAACUCCAGGUUCAACCACUGGCACUGGCACCGGUACAGGCACUGGAACGGGAACUGGCACAGGAGUUGGAACUGGCACUGGAACCGGAGCCGGGACAACCACUGGGAGCCCUAAUAAUGUGUUUGGAAUUAGUCCAUCAUCAUCUUCAACUGGAGCAGGUGGAUACAAUGACUCGAAUGAUGGAGGGCUUCAUUUGACAGGCACUAGUAACAUUAUGUUGUUACUAUUAACCCUAGUUGCUGCCUUCUUGAGGGUCCAAAUAUCUUAAUGGUACAGUAAGUUAAUAGUAGGAUUAAGAAAAAGGGAAAAAAGUUGUGACGGGUUUGAUCUGCCGAUGAGAUUUCGCCACGUUAGGAUUGAGGUUAUGAAUGUAAUUCAACAUUUGGGGAAUGGAAUCAUCCAGAAGCAUAAACAUCUCUCCACUUUCGGCCCUCUU